AUGUCUUCAUUCACAACGAGUUCAAAUGAUCUUCAAGCUCGAACUCAACGUCGUCUAUUAUUCGAAGGCUUCAACGUUCAUGAGCCAAUAAAUUCCUCUCGUCGUCAUCAGUCGUCAUCGACUAUGCUUACAUCGACACCCGAUCAUCGAUUGUACGAAAAAGAAAAUCAUGAACAUCUUGAUUUUAUUCAAUCGAAUGACUCACAACCGGCUGAACCAUGUUUAUUACAAUUACAAAAUGCUCGGCAAUUGUUGCAUUCCAUGAGUCGAACUGGCACUCUGCCAAGCAAUGAUCAACCGAUCAGCGACGACCAACAACCUCGAACAGAACUUGUCAAUGACGUGAAUCCGGAAUUAGCUUACUAUAAAUCUUCAUUGGAAAGUGAACGAAAUCGUCGUAAACAACUGGAAACAUUGAUUGAUGUUCAGCAGAAGCGUUUGACCGAAGCCGAAUCGGAAUUAAUUCAACUUCGCGCUAAUGAUCAUAAGAAAACAUUAUGUAUGAAGCAACUCGAACAAAUGAUUCCAAAUGUUGUCGAUGAAUGGAAACAAAAAGAAGAUGAUUACAAGAGUAAAUUGAGCAAUGUCACGCAGCAAUUAAAACAAAUCGAACAAACGAAUCGAGAGAAAAUGUCUGAAGAGAAAAAACUAUUUGACGAGCAAAUCAAGGAGAAAAAUUCAACAAUCGAACGUUUAACGAAAGACAACGAAAGAAAAAAGCAAGAUUAUGAUAACUUACAAACACAAGCUAAACAAUACGAACAGAGAGUUCAACAAGUAACCAAAGAUGCAGAACAGGCGAAACAACAAUGGUCGACGAUCGAAAAUGAUCUCAGAAAUGAAUUGAAAAAUGGCGAAACUCGCCUUGAUAUUCUCCGAUCGGAAUCGGACGAAAAACAACAAGAGAUCGAACAAAUGCUACGUGACCAACAGAAAACUAAUUCUGAUCAUCAAAUGAAAGUUCGACAGUUAGAAAAUGAACUCGAUGAACAACGACGAGAGAAUAACGUCUUGAGAAUGGAAUUAGAAUUACGCGAAGCAAAAUAUCGUGCUCAAACUGAAUCUCUCAGAAUGCAAUUAAUCCGCGAUGCCGAAUCCAAAUUGAAUCAACGUCUUGAAGAACAACAUGCCAAGCAUCUUCAAAUCGAAGAAGAAUUAAACGAAUUACAUCGUCGGAAAUUAGCUGAUUCAGAAGCUAAACAUGAACAGAACUUAGCAAAUGCACGUGAAGAACACGAACAUCGUGUUCAGACAUUGCUUGCUAAACUUGAUCAAACCAAAAACGAAAUCGAACGAAUCCAAUCAACAACACUGGCUGAACGACAAGAUUUAGCCAAAAAACUACAAGACGUUUUCGAAACCGCACUUCAUCCAGCAUCAACCAAACGAGCGACAACAAUUAAUGAAAAACCAAUAUCACCACCGCCAUCAUCAAGACAAAUGUCUUCGCACUCAUCGCAAACAUUAAUUGAUACGCAAAUCAAAAGUAAAACAAAUGAAUAUCUUCAUUCACUGCCUUUAGUGAAUAAUGAUCAUCCAACAAAUAUCUCAGCGAUACGUUCACUUUCAUCCCGUAUUGAUUCACUUGUUGAUCAUACCAAUCGGAUAGCAAAUGGUUUCGAAUUGAAUUCUCGAUUACCUUUAGCAAUGCAACAAGAAAGUACUUCCGAAUGGACAGAAACUAAUCCAAAUCGUUUAUUAUCUUCUCGACCUCCGAGUGCUCUUCAAUCACCAUUCUAUCGUUCCACUCCAAUUGAUUCCUUACAAGAUUGGUAUCCUCAAUCAUCCCACAGUUCAAAUAACAACAAUCAUCCUCAUCCUCUAACUCAACGCAGUCAAUCAGCUGAUCCGACGAACAGUGGAUUUUUCUCAGUUUAUCCUUCUCAACAAUAUUCAUCUUCAUCACAGCAGCAACCAACACAUUCAUCAAAUUCUUAUAGUCUCGAUAGUAAUCUCAAUACAAGUCAUUACCAGCAACCGGCCAUGCCUUCUUAUCGUUCAACAUCGUCAAUUACGUCGAAUUUAAUCGAGAAUCAACAAGAAAUUCAAGGCACUUUAUCAAAAGAUAGUAUCGAUCGACAACAACACGAUCAAACUUCAUCAACAAACGAAUCAUUAGCUAGAUACGUGAAAAUGUUACUUGAACGAUCACCGACACAUGAUCAAAAAGCAUCACAAAAACAUCCAUUAGCUAAAACAAAUCAAUCAUUACACGAUGUUCAACAUUCAAUCGAACAAUUAAACUUAGCUGAACGUGAUUCACACGUAAUCGUCGAUGAUUUAGCUUUAAACAACGAGUCACCAACACCUCGACAACGUAAAUCAUCGUUGACAGCUCGUAGUAACACAACAACAACAAUCAACGGCGUUAAAAAACGACUUGAUUAUGAUAUCCAUAACAAUAAACAAAGUAAUGCCAGCGAAUUAUUCGAACGUUUAUCUCAACCGAAAACACGUGCGAAAAAAGAUAAGUCCAAACCGCAACAACAGCAACCAUCGACAUCAACAGGCGUAUGGAAAUAA